GACUGGGCAAUAUUCUUUCGCGAGGUCUAAUGCGGGAGCUCUGAAAAACAUAAUGUGAAGAUUUUUGUAUAGGACAUGCGCAGAUGUGGGAUGCCAUAUUGCAGAGAGAGAGAGAGAGAGAGAGAGAGAGAGAGAGAGAGAGAGAGAGAGAGAGAGAGAGAGAGAGAGAGAGCGAGCUUCAGUCUGCGGAGGUAAAAAGGGGGAUUCGCCGAAUUUCACAGGCUCCAGGAAACUUCAUUAAGGCCUCGAAUCACUGUGAGCUGACAAAGUGGGAAACGGUCAUCAAGACUCUCCGUCUCCAAGGCAACAGCCUUCAUAACGAACUCAUGAUGACAUCAGCAGGGAGGAGCACACAGAGCCCGUCCAAUGGGAGAGCGGAACACGGUCACUCAGAUAUGGAGUGUGGAGAAGAGGAACUGGAUUUUAACUGGGAUGAGUAUCUGGAAGAAACAGGAGCCACAGCAGCUGCACACACCUCAUUCAAACAUGUGGAACUGAGCCUGCAGAGCAGUUUCCAGGCUGGGAUGAAGUUGGAGGUGGCCGAUAGGACUCAUGCUGACACAUACUGGGUGGCUACCGUCAUCACGACAUGCGGCCAGCUGCUGUUGCUGCGCUACUGUGGCUACGGCGACGAGCGCAGCGCUGACUUCUGGUGUGACGUCAUGACUGCAGAGCUGCAUCCUGUUGGCUGGUGUGCACAGAACAACAAACUGCUACAGCCCCCUGAAGAUAACGUUUACCUCAGAACAGCUAUUAAAGAGAAGUACAGCGACUGGACUGAGUUUUUGGUCAAGGAACUCACAGGCUCACGAACAGCACCAGCUAACCUGCUUGAAGGGCCUUUGAGGGGUAAGAACACUGUGGAUCUAAUGGUGCCUGGGUGUGUGUUAGAGAUCCGUGAUGCCAGCGAUCCGUUUAUAUACUGGGCAGUGCGAGUGCAGCGAAACGUCGGUGGACGUCUUUGGCUCAGCUAUGUGGGACUGGAAGAGCCUGCCUUCAACAUAUGGAUUUUCUACCUUGACGUCAGGCUUCGUCCGCUGGGCUGGGCCAAAGAGAACUGUCUCAAAAUGGAACCACCAAAAGAAUUGCGUGACCUGAGGAGCACUACAGAGUGGACUGAGGCUAUAGAGACAGCCACAUCUGAAGCCCUGGAUAGACCCCUGCCUCUGGAGGUCUUUAAGGAUCAUGCCGAUUUACGUAAACACUCAUUCAAAACGGGGAUGAAGCUGGAGAUGGUAUCACCACAAGAACCCUUCCACAUCUGCCCUGUUUCAGUUACUAAAGUGUAUAAUGAGUACUACUUCCAGGUCACUGUAGACGACCUGAGCGGCGAAGCCCCGCCCUGCUCGGUGCUGUGUCAUGCCGAUUCUCCAGGCAUCCUGCCAAUCCAGUGGUGCUUAAAGAAUGGUGUUAGUCUGCAGAGGCCUAGGGGUGUCCAGUCUCAGGACUUUGACUGGGCAGACUAUCUAAAGCACACAGGUACCGAGGCUGCCCCAGAUGCCUGUUUCCCCAAUGCGUCACAGAGUCGGGGCUUCCAUAAGGACACAUGGUUGGAAGCUGUAAAUCCAUUUCAGCCAGCUGAAAUCAAUGUUGCACGCAUCACUCAGGUUAAAGGUCGGCUACUCUGGCUACGAUAUGAAGGCCUGAACAAACCCCUAGCUGAGUGUUUAGUGGAUGUUGAGAGUAUGGAUAUCUUUCCUGUGGGCUGGUGUGAAGCUAAUGUGUACACUCUAACACCUUUACGCAAGGCAGUGUGUCAGUCUGUUAAGAAGAUUGCUGUGGUGCAGCCGGAGAAACAAUUAGCUCCUCCACCCAAAGAAACCGUCUCUCUGGACCACUGCCAGUCUGUUUCCAUGGACACAGUUUCAGUAAAUGGAAAGUACUGCUGCUCUCAGAUCUUUGUGAAUCAUCACUGUUUUUCUGGGCCAUACCUCAACAAGGGAAGAAUCGCUGAGUUACCACAAGCUGUGGGGCCUGGCAAGUGUACACUGGUCCUUAAGGAGGUACUCACGAUGUUGAUCAACUCGGCCUACAAGCCUAGCCGUGUUCUCAGAGAGCUACAGUUGGUGGUCGAUCCACAGUGGAACUGUCUGGAGGAAACCCUUAAAGCCAAGUAUAAAGGGAAGAGUUAUCGCGCAAGUGUGAGGAUUGUGUCUUUGGCUGAGCAGGUGACAGAUUUCUGCCGUAGAGUGUGUACGAGACUGCAGUGCUGUCCAUACCUGUUCGGUCCCACACUCAUCUCGGAGAAGUGUCCAGAGAACUGCUCCACACACACCAAGACCAAGUUUACACAUUAUAAUUAUGGAAAGAAGAGGAAAGUGGGCCGUCCCAGUCUGGGAGAGUGCACCAAGGAUGGCGACACGGUCAAACCGGCCCGUCGCAGAAAAAAACGUAAAGCCGUCUUUGUUCAGAGGAAGCGGCGCUCUACUGUUACAGGAUACCACGCCAUGGAGUCAGCUCAGGACAGUGAUGAUUUUGAUGAUUUUGAUGAAGAGGAGGAGUCGUACAGUGGGGAAAGCUCCAGCUUAGAGCUGCGUGAAGAUGCUCCUGUGAGCUUCUCUACACGGCGAGGCCGACCCAGGUCACUUACGCUGCCCGGAACCGAGACGUCCACAGAGAGGCCGUCGCUGCGCAGAUCUACGCGCUCACACUCUUACACCCACAACCAGGAAGCCAAGAACACACACACAAAGACGACGCAUGCAGAAGAGGAAGAGAGCCGCUUGGUUCUAGAGAAGAAUCCUCUGGAGUGGAGCGUGUCAGAUGUAGUCAACUUCAUCAUGUCUACAGACUGUGCCUCACUAGCCAAGAUUUUCCAAGAACAGGACAUCGAUGGCCAGGCCUUGUUGUUGCUGACCCUCCCUACUGUUCAGGAGUGUAUGGAUCUAAAACUCGGCCCUGCUAUCAAACUCUGUCACCAGAUCGAGCGUGUUAAAGUGGCCUUCUACUCCCAGUAUGCUAAUUAAGCUAACACAGACUAACAUCUAUUUCUCUCAGUGGAUAAACACACUUGAUACACAGUGCUCAGGGCCUGUCAUAAAAUAAAUAAAUAAAUGAAAAUACACAACUGGCCAUAUGCUGCAAAGCUGAAAGCACAGUGCUUUCCUGAAGAACUCCUGCUGUUGAACUUCUGCUGAAGAACUUCUCCAACCCCUCAGCUGUUUAUGAGGAAUGGAUGAAACGGGAUGUCAGGGUGGACGACAGAUGACAGCUCUUGAAGAAAUAAGAAGUGACAGUACAGAUAUUCUGCGUGUUUGUUUGAGGUUACUGAAGCAGAUGCGUGGAAGGAUCAUUUCUGCUAUAAACAGCAGUAUCGGGACAACAGGGUGUUUCUCAAUAACAGAUAUGAUAACUCUCGAUGAGAGCAUUCUCACAAAGAUAUCUUACUCACUCGGGUCAAUUUGACGUUCUGCGUGCUCAUCUUUAGCGCUUACAGCUUCUGGCAUCCUAAGCCAUGAAAUUAAAGCUUGCUAAGAUUGGUGUCAUGACUGUGUGCACUACACUACAAUCAGGUGCAGUGGCUUGAUAAAUUUUUUAUUUAUUUUUUUUUUCUAACAGAAAUGACCUGAGGCAAUCAUAAAUCAAGCAUUUUUAAUUUGAAUUGAUAAUUUAAAUGGAUUAUUAUCCAAAAAAAUGAGACGUUUACCGAGGUGUAAAAAUAAUGCACAUUUUGAAGGGUAAAUGAUUUAAAUAGGCUAUCAAGGUGACAUUGAUCAUCAUCAGUCAGUCACAUAUCGAUUGGAGUCUUCUAAAACUAAUCAUAUCGUUUCCUUUCAGAUUCAGUGACAUAGUCAAAUAUAACAUUUUUAUCAAAUCGUGUCACGUGCAUGCCUGAGAUUUACAAUCCUAGUGUGAAUGCAGCACAAAUGCAAUGCACAUUUAGUCACAUACUACACCUGGGGUGUCCAAACGGCUGAUGCAGGUGCAGGUUUUCAUUCCAAUCAACACCAGUUCCACCUGUUCAUCAGUUGAUUUUGGCUGUGGUUUCUUCUUGGUUAAAAAAAAACUUGCACCUACACAUGACCUUUCUGGAUACGACUACACACACGCUCUAGAGGAUUUAAAUAUCUUUCCACUAGGAGCCACGUCAAAGCCAAAUCAUACCUCAAUAGCCACUGACCACUUCCUCUUGUUCUGAACAACAAGAGUACAAGCAGAACAUACUCUAAAAAAAAUUAAAGCAGCCUUAUAGUAGGUAAAAUAACUGUAUAUACAGCUGUUAACACCAUCUUUUAGAGAAAAUUCACAUUCAUAGACACUUGCAGCAUUCACACGGGUGUUGCGCCACAUAUUUUUUUCGGAUGUGCACAAUCGACGUGAUGUAAGAAUGCAGAAUAUGUGUGCCAACCAUCUUACUUACAGUAUGCACACACACUUCUAAGAGCCUAUUGGCUAAUCCUAAUUUCACAGGAUUUUAUUGCUAGCUAGCUGAUCUAAGCUGAGCCAUGUCUGUUCAUCACUGCAUUGCAAUAAAUUACAGCUCUCUCAGUUCAUUCAAGUUAGUCAUGUAGCUGAUGAAUCACUAAUUUGUGGGAAGCACCCAGCUGUUUUAAACAUUUUUACAUACUUCACGAGAGGAACUGAACUGAGCAGUGGAGCAUGGCGUACAGCAGUACACAAGAACGAACAAGAACACAUAUUGAGAAACACCCAAUAUUCCUGUUAAAAACUGUGAUUCACCACCACUUCUGUCUGCAUUUCCCCUUCAGAGAACAAACAAUAUAUUUAUAAGUGUAUUUACACUCGAAGGAUCAGUGUAUACAAUUAAAUAAUAUAUUUGAGAUAUUUAUUUUGGCCUGAUGAACAGGUGCUCUCAUGUUGGAUUGUUUUUUUUUUUUGUUUUUUUUGUUUCAUUUUGUUGAUUUUUUUUCUUUUUAUUCCAAAAUGGCAAAGUACAAAUUGCUUCACUGUUGUUUGUAUCAAAUGCUUUGUACAAAAAAACAAAAAAAAACAAACAAAAAAAAAAACAGUGGACACUGUAUGGAAAUAUGAUCUAUGCAAAAACAAGAAUUUUCCUAUGGUCAUUUUUUUCUACUUUGCUGUAUGAUAUGAUGCUUCCUUUAAAACUUCUUUGUAAAUAGGUUGUGUACUAAUUUUAUUACCUAACUAGAUUUUACUAUUUUAAUACAACAUUGUGAUGCACUGAAAAAAAGGAGCUGGGAAUUUCCCUUUUGUAAUGUAUUAUUAUUAUUAUUAUUAUUAUUAUUAUUAUUAUUAUUAUUAUUAUUAUUAUUAUUAUUAUUAUAUGCUAGAAACAGAACAUAUCCUAAUUACCAAAUGGGGAAAAAAAGGUCAGCGCAAGUAGAACCAUUAUAACAAGAACAAUACUAUGGCAUAGAAAUCCAAAUAUCCUGUGGCUAUUUACACAUGUGACUAAAAUGGUACAAUUGAUUAAUGAUGCUGCAAAUAAUUAACUGCCCGAAAAAUAGUGAAGACCUUUUUGGAUAACAUGGAGUUUUUUCUUUAACAACCUCAAGUGUUUGUGUUAUAUACAGUCUUAAAGCCAAUUCACUGUUUAUUUUUUUAUAGACUGAAGCUUUAAUGGUUUGAGAUUAAACGAUAAAUUUAAGAGGAAAGUUUAGAAUUUCAGGUUUUAUAUAUAGAUGGUUUUAAUGGCUGCACAUUUUGUAUCGGACCCCUCCUCUUUUAGACAAAAUGUGACUGACGGGUGUGUUUCUUGUUAUCAAGGUGUGUCCUGUUUAAACAGUAAAUAGAUCUGAACAUUUACUUUUGGUUUUAGCCUUCAGUUUCACCUAUCAAGACUGCAUUUGAUGUAAAAAAAAAAAAAAAAGUCAGUUCAGAGACCUGUUUGUGGUAGAAAAGCAAGGCAUUUUGAAGUUGAGGAAAGAUGGAAAAUCAGCCAGAGGCAUUGGGGCAUAGACAUGUUCUGAAAUAAGCCAGUGUUGUACUGAGAAACGGACAUGGGAACAGGUCGGCGAAAACAGGAACAUGACAACAGUUAAUGAUAGAAACAUUGUGAGAGCUGUGAAGAAAACCCCAGAAACAACAGUCAGCGACCUCGAGGACAACCUCCACAGGGCAGAGGUGAGGCAGGAGACCGUGUCAUAAUUCAUGGUGUCACAAUUAACCAUUGGAAGCAGAUUUUCACAGCAGAAAUAUACACAGCGACCACACUAUAAACUACUCACCAGUGAGAAUCGCGAAGGCCAGAUUGGAAUUUUAACAGAAAGACAGAGGUUCUGAAACAAAGAGGAACCUCUAAAAAAGGCCAAAGUGAGGAGAAAGAAUGAAUCUGUUCAUGAUCCAAACCAUACUGUAUAAGCUCAUCUGUAAAGCAUGGUGGUGGUAGCGUCAUGGCAUGUGCCAAUUUAGAGAGAAAUGCAUCCAAAUGAAUUUAGGACAAACGUCAUCGGGCAGAAAAACAAUGAUACUGCCAAUACAAAGGAGAACGUUAUCAGGGAAAAUGAUAUUUAGGCUGACCAAGUCGAUCACCAGACCGUAACCAAAUAGAGCAGCAUUUCUCCUCCGGGGAGGAGACUGAAUGGAGAAACCCCCCAAAACAAACAACUGAAAGAAACUGUAAUAGAAGCCUGGAAAAGCAUCACAAAAGGAGAAAUAUACGCUUGAUGCAGUUAUUGCAAGCAUGGGAUAUUCUACCAAAUAUUAAGUGUUAUUUAUUUGAAUUGACUUCAAGUCUUAUUUGUUACUAUAUUUUGGGCACUUAAACAUUGGGUGUUCUGAUACAAAAGAUUUUAUGUUUUUCAACACAUUUACAGAUAAACUCCAGGAAAUAAAAGCUGAAAAUCUAAA